GAGCGUGGCGGAAGCGACUCGCCGUUCAGCCGCCAUGAGCCGGUUCGGGGGUCGCGUGCGCGAGUACCCCGCCGUGUCCAUCGACCGCUUCGACCGCGACAACCUGCGCGCGCGCGCCUACUUCCUCUCGCACUGCCACAAGGAUCACAUGAAGGGGCUGCGGGCGCCCGCCCUGAAGAGGAGGCUGGAGGGCAGCCUGAAAGUUAAAUUAUACUGCUCACCAGUAACUAAGGAAUUGCUGUUGACUAGCUGGAAAUACAAGUUUUGGGAGAAUCACAUCGUUGCAUUGGAAGUUGAAACCCCAACUCAGAUUUCUUUAGUAGAUGAAACAUCUGGUGAGAAGGAAGAUAUAGAAGUGACGCUUCUACCAGCUGGUCACUGUCCAGGAUCGGUCAUGUUUUUGUUUGAAGGUGAAAAUGGCACUGUGCUGUAUACAGGGGAUUUCAGGCUUGCAAAAGGAGAAGCAGCCAGAAUGGAGCUUUUGCAUUCAGGGACCAGAGUAAAAGACAUCCAGAGUGUGUAUUUGGACACUACUUUCUGUGAUCCCAAAUUUUAUCACAUACCAAGCCGGGAGGAAUGUUUAAAUGGGAUCUUAGAGUUAGUGCGAAGCUGGACUUCACUGACUCGCUAUCAUGUUGUGUGGCUGAACUGUAAAGCUGCUUACGGAUAUGAAUAUUUAUUCAUAAACCUCAGUGAGGAACUUGGAAUCAAGGUGCACGUGAACAAACUUGAUAUGUUCAGAAACAUGCCAGAAAUCCUCUACCAUGUUACUACAGAUCGACACACUCAGAUUCAUGCCUGUCGACAUCCUCGGGAUGAUGACUACUUUCGAGGCAACAGACUGCCCUGUGGGAUGACUUGCCAAAAUGGAACUCCCUUGCACAUAAUCAGCAUCAAACCCUCCACUAUGUGGUUUGGAGAAAGGAUCAAGAAAACCAAUGUAAUAGUGAGGACUGGGGAGAGUACAUACAGAGCCUGUUUCUCUUUCCACUCUUCAUACAGCGAGAUUAAGGAUUUCCUGAGCUAUAUCCGUCCUGUGAAUGUGUAUCCCAAUGUACUGCCAGUGGGUGGGGGAGAAGACAAAGUCAUGGAAAUAUUAAAGCCUUUAUGCAGGUCAUACAGGAGAAACGUGGAACCCAGGUACAAGCCCUUAGGAACACUGAAGAGAGUCCACAAGAGAGACUUAUCUGAUACAGAUGAAGAUGAUCUCUUUGAUUCAGAAUUAGCCUCCGCAAGGCCUAAGAUUUCAAAACAGCAGAGAGAAGAGAGCAGGCCCUCCAGCACAGGACAAUCUGAAAAUGCUGAAGGAAACAUUAAUGAGAGCACAGAAAGUUACAAAGUGACCACAACUUACACCUCCCUCCAAGGAGACUUUGUGGACUGUGAGGAAUCAAAUGAUGAUGAUGACAACGAUGAUGAUGACGAUGAAGAAGAAUCUGAAAAAAAUACAGUUCAGGUUCUUUCCCAUGAGCCAGAAGCCGCUUCUACAUCAAAUUUCAAUGGAGUAACUAGCGACCAACAGGAGCCUAAUGCCCAUGUCCCUCGCUGGGAUGCAUUUUUUAAGUGUAACAAACUAGAAGAAAGUUCUGAAAAUGAGGACAACUUCCCAUCUUCAGCAGAUGCUGGUGGGUCCCAGUCACUCUUCAGUGAUUCAGAUGGAGUAAGUGACUCAACACACAUCUCCUCCCAAAAUUCUUCUCAGUCAACACACAUAUCGGAGCAGGGGAGCCAGGGCUGGGAUAGCCAAAUGGACACAGUACUCAUUACCUCCCAAGAGAGAAAUGCCUUGGACUUCAGCUGCUUCAGCAAAGGUGGGAGCAGAACCGUUGUUUCUGUAUUGCAGGAGACUGCCAAAGACAGUCAGCCUGACAACAGCAGGCAGAAGCCACUGGGUCAAAAUAGAUCUUGUGCCUACGAUGUUGCCGGUGACUUGCAAAGCAAAGACUGUGGGAAAGACGCAGAAGCUGGCACUGCUUACGUUCAAGAUGUGCUGGCGGAAAGAACUGACAACUCCAGGACUCCUGAUCUAGAACUGAGGAGGGACUCCCAGAGCUCCUCUGACUUCGAAAUUCCCUUGACUCCUGAUGCUGAAGUGCCUCAGCCAGAUAAACUGCACUGUUUAUAUAAGAAGCUAGCAGCAGGUGAAAACAUACUCGGUGAGAAAAAAAUCUCCCGAAGACAGGUAUAACUGAUUGCAUCACAGUAACAAAUGCUGGAAUUUGUUUAUUAAACACCAAAUUAUUUUUCUCUUUA